AUGAAAACGCUAACUUCCAACGACUACGGCACUUGGCUGGAGCCUCCUUUUGCCAAAGUUCUUUCCGCCGCGCAAAUCAUUGUCACCAGUAAGCAGCAGCAGCAGCAGCUCAAGCAGCAGCAGCAGCAGCAGCAGCAGCAGCAGCAGCCCAACCAGCAGCAGCAGCAGCAGCAGCAGCAGCAGCAGCAGAAGCAGCAAGCGGGAGAACUAAAACCCUAA